AUGGUUGUUGUCUUAUCAGAUUCUACUUCCUCAUAUAAGGAAUUUAAGAAGUUUUUGGCGGUCGCCCUGCAAGAAAGUCCACCGGAUAUUUCCGAGCAGCUGAAGGCAGGACUCAAGAAGCGCUAUGAGAAGCCACCUGUAGAUGAGAUUGCGGUUUGUCUUGGUCGUCAUGUUCCGCUAAGCAAGGCGCGGCAGAUGCUGUUCGACCCCGAUGAGGAUGACAUGCGGCUAUAUCCGGCCCUUAUCGCCAUGCCGCCCUCUGGCGCACCGGACACCCAUCCGCAGCAGAAAGUGCAGGUGUGCGCGUUGGCGUCCUUGUACCUGGUGCACAGCAAAAGCUGGGAGCUGGUGCGCCCCUUCGUAGAGGCAGGCGGGCUCAGGCAGCUCGCGGCCGUGCUGGCGCACACCAACCCCUACCUGGCCAGUCAAGCCAUGUCCGCGCUGCUGCACAUCACGGACGAGGGCCUGCUGUUCCCCUGGCAUGACCCCCCGCCCACCCCGGACGGCCGGGGGCCCCGGCAGGGACCUUACGCACGUGUCUGGAGGAACAUGUUUGAUCUGAGUCGCGGUGGCGUGUUCCUGCCGAACCUACUCGCCCACUACCGCCAGCCGCCCGCUUUCCCAGGUGCCUCCUACAUGGCGCUGCGGCUCUUUGCGUUCUACGUGUCCUGGAUGCGCAAGCACUUUACGCAGGACGGGCGACUGUCUCUGAGCGUCUCCUUGCUGUCGCUGCUGCAUCAGUGGUCUGCUGACGAGCAGGAGCCUCCAUCCCUGGCCAACAGCGGCGACGCCUCCGCGACCAGCACGAGUACUUUACCGGUGCAUCAGCACCACCUUGGGGGCCUUACUGCCGACGAUGAGCCGGUCGUAUCCGUGGUGUCAGAGCGCACGGAGAUCAACAGCGGUCCCUCGACUGACAACGAAGCGGAAGUGCUCAAGGAGCAGGGCAACGAGGCGUACAGGCGUGGCGACUACUCACUGGCUAUCCAGCUGUACAGCGCUGCACUAGACGUGCUCGUGCCAGCGGAACGGCUGCUGACAGAGGGGCCCCGCAGGGCGGCCUACCAUGCCAACCGUGCCGCAGCCUACAUGGCCCGGGCGGCCUCGGGGAAGUUACGGGAAGGCGACGCCGACACCACCGGACACCUGGAGGGCGUUGACCAUGGCUCUGAAGGUGCCCUCUCGCGCCACUACGAGGCCGCCGUCAUGGACUGUGACCAGGCACUAGCGCUGCAGCCCAGCGGCCGGCCAGCAGCCAAAGCACUGCUGCGGAAGAGCCGCGCGCUGCUGCAGCUGCGUCAGCGGGACGAGGCGAUGGCAGCGGCACGGCGGGGUCUGGGCAAGUGUGAGGGUGAGGAGGGCGGAGUCCGGGGGGAGUUGCAGGAGGCGCUUCGGGCGGCGCAACAGCAGCAGCAGCGGCCGCCUCCGCCGCAGCAGCAGCCGAAGGCGCGUGCGGCAGAGCAGCAGGGGAUGGGGAAGGCGCAGUUGGCGCCGGAGGUGAAGGUGGAGGAGUUCAGGUCCGGAGAGGCGGCAUCGAAACAGGAGGCGCCGAAACCAGGACCAGCGUCAAAGCCGACGGUGGUUGCAACACACCCGGCGCCUUCUUCGGGCGUAAAGGCUUCUGGGGCAGGCGUUGCCGUUGUGGCUAUCGAUGGGGAGUUGUACCGCAAUGGCAGCAGCAAUGGCGGGGGCGCGGCAGGAAUCGAUUGGAACGCUAUGGACUGA